AUGAUUACUUAUUAUGGUUAUGUUCAUGUUUUUGAAAUUGAAACGUGCUGUUCGAUAUAUAGAGUUAGAAUUUCGACUGAUCCUAUUUUCAUUACAACUGAACACACUUCUAAUAAUGAUGGUUUUCUUGCAAUUACUGAAUAUGGAAAGGUCUUCUCUGUUUGUUUGGACGAAAAAACCAUCAUUCCUUACGUCACCCAAAAGUUACAAAACCCGAAUUUGGUUCUCAAAUUAUCAUCUCGUCUCAAACUUGCUUCGGAGUCAAAGGAUGACGCGGCUGGUAAACCGAUACCGAUGCCGUGGAGAACUGAAAGUAGCAGCGAAGAGGAUGAAAAUGUUAGUGAGGUAGUCAAAUCAGCUUCUCGUUGCAAGAUUCCGACGACGUCAAGAACUGAAAGUAGCAGCGAAGAGGAUAAAAAUGUCAGUGAGGUAGUCGAAUCAGCUUCUCAUUGCAACAUUUCUGAUGAUGAUGUUGUGCGCAAAUUCGAUUUAUUGAUCAAAAACGGGGAUUAUCAUGAAGCUGCAAAAUUGGCCGCAACGGCACCCAAAAAUAUUCUUAGAACCCCACAGACGUUACAAAAAUUAAAAGAAGCUGCUCCACCAGCAAAGGCAACUCAUUCUCUUGUUAUCUAUUUCACUACAUUGUUAGAACAAGGUUCUUUAAAUAAAUACGAGUCGUUGGAACUGUGUCGACCUGUUUUAGUUCAGGGUAAGAAGCAACUUGUUGAAAAAUGGAUUUCUGAAGGCAAAUUGGAAUGUAGUGAGGAAUUGGGUGAUUUAGUUAAACAAUAUGAUGUUGACCUCGCAACGAGCAUUUACCUUCGCGGCAAUGUGCCAUAUAAAGUUUAUAGGUAAAUAAUCUUCGGAUAACAAAAUUCGUCAAAUUCAAGGUCAUUGGGUGAUGUACUUCGUGAGCAUAGCCCGACGAGAUCGAGUACUGGAAGUAGCAGUGGAGAGGAUCAAAAUUCCAGUAAAGUAG